GAAGACAGUGGACAUCGAAAGUGUCAUCUGCCGUCAUUCCGGAAGGGGGCAGUCAACUGAAAGGGCUGAAGAAGGCAGAAGAAGAAGCUUCAGGAAGGAAAGGAAAGCAGUGUUGAUGAAAGUGUAGAUGGCGACAAAGGUCACAGGUCACGGUGAUCCACCAUGAACUACGCCUCACGUCUGAAACUGGGAACGUCCCAUCAACGCUGGCCUGGCGAGGAGGCAUGCUCGCCAGUUGAAGACGACGCCACAGAAUCCAGCCUGGUCAUCACCACGGAUGACCAACACGCUAAGAGCGCCAGGAGGAGAGCAGCAAGGAGGAAGAGGAAAAUUCAAGCAGGGGAAGAGGAUGAGAGAGAAGACGAGGGGGCGGGCGGAGAGAUGAUUGACAGUCAGCUGGACCAGUCACUGGAGAACAAGUCCAAACAGCACAACCUGACCAGCGUGAACGUGCGCAACAUCAUCCACGAAGUCAUCACCAAUGAACACGUGGUGGCCAUGAUGAAAGCCGCCAUCAACCAGACGGACGCCGUGCCGCCAUUUGAGCCCAAGAUGACUCGGUCCAAGCUGAAAGAAGUUGUGGAAAAAGGCGUGGUAAUCCCAGCAUGGAACAUCUCUCCCAUCAAGAAGAGUGCUCCCGUUUCCAAGGUUCCCCAGUUCGUUGACAUCCCUCUGGCUGAGGAAGACUCCUCUGAUGAAGAGUAUCGUCCUGAUGAGGAGGAGGAGGACGAGACGGCUGAAGACACGUUGCAGGAGAGCGACUUUGAGAGUGCGGCGUCGCCCCCCAGAGGAAGCGCAGUGCAGAGGCCGGACCGGGACCCCCGCCGCCCCCCCUGGAAGACCUCUCGCGCGCCACCCUGCCAUUUCAGGGUGGGGUCCGGACCGAUGGCCCCCCCCCCCCUUCCCAAAGCCCCACCUCCCAAAGCAGUGACAGACAGCACUUUCUUGGAGAAGCUUCACGCCGUGGAGGAGGAACUGGCCGUGUGUAUGGAACCCUACCAGUGUCAGCCAGUGUCAGAUGACGAAGUGGGGCUGAUGGCGUACCGGACACGGUCCAAGCGUCCUCUACGUGACGUCCCCCUGGGCCAACUGGAGGCAGAGCUCAGGGCGCCGGACAUUACCCCUGACAUGUACGACUGUGGCUCCGCCCCGGAGGACAGAGAGUGGACCGUUUGGCUGAGAGGCCUGAUGAACUCCGACAUGGACGACGAGGAGUGUGAUGAUGAAGAUGACCCAGAGUACAACUUCCUGGCUGACCUUGAUGAACCAGACCAGGAGGAUUACCGUGACGACAAGGCAGUCCGCAUCACUAAAAAGGAAGUGAAUGAACUGAUGGAGGAGCUGUUUGACACGCUUAAAGGUGACCUGGGGGGGCAGGAGGUGGAUGAGGAAGGACACGAGGAGGAGGAGCCACAGGAGGACACGCCCACACCGGACAAGCACAUGGACACACAGGCAUGUGACGUGUCCAAAUACGGUCAUAGUGGUGAGGCAGAGGACGGACCAAUCAGAGAGCGUCGUACUGUCAAGCAGCAGCUGGCUUUGAUCAGAAGCACACAACACACACCCUCUACUCACACACACACACACACACUGAUGCUGGAUACACAACAACGCAACACACUCGAGCAGCAGCUGCAGCAGCAUGUCCAACUGUUGGUGGAGCUUCACCUGCUGACCUCACCUGUGGAAGAACUUCACAAUGAAGCUGAAAGCACCAGACACUUUCUGUUUGAGUUAGAUGUGUUGGCACAAAGAGGCGAGCUGAUGAUGUCAUCAUGGCGGCGUGGUGACGUCAGCGCUUUCAGAGCAUCCAACCUGCGGGGGGCGCUGCAGCUGCUGGACGAGCUGCAACAUCACCCCAUCAGCUACGUGAGACGCAGACACACCCCUGACGCACGCGGACAAAUGCGUGGUUUUCCCAUCAUGCCAGCUGAACUGGCGUGGAUCUUUGCCACUCGUGCAGUCUUCCUCUACCCAGAACUUCUGCCAUGUGUCAGUCUGGACCCUGCUCUCUACUGCCCCCGCAGGACAGCUGCUUUCACUGCAGCAGAAGACUGUCUGUUGGUUAUGGGUCUGAGGAACAUGAAGGGGUCAUGUGACCCGACCAAGCUGGUGUCUGAGUUUCUGUUGGGCAAAAGUCAUCUUCAGGUGCGACGUAGGAUCCUGCAGUGUUGCAGACCUGGCACCCCCGACAACAUGGUCAAGACCUACAGGUACCAGCAGGUGUUGUGGUCCAUGCCGCUAGCCUGCAGUCAGGUUGCUGCAUCAGAGCAGCGCCCCCCAGUGGAAAGACCCUUGAGCAUCAUGCCUCUGUGGUUGCUGCGGAGUAUUCCUGUCAUCUUGGCAGCGAUCCAACGAUCCAACAGUCUAUCUGGCUCCGCCCCCACCACCACCAGCUUCCCGACCCCAAUGUGCUAUCCGCCCCGCCCCCCACCGGACCUCAGCUUCCGCCGCACAGGAUUUGUCCAGCAUCCGCCCCCCCCCAUUACUCCUCCCCUUCCCACCCACAUGGAUGGGCGGGAUAGCGAAGAGGCGGUGCUUCCUGUCUGGCAUCUGUCAGAAUCCUCAACAUGCUCCGCCUCUGACGUGUUUGUGGCUGAGGAGGCGGAGUCCGAAAGUGAUCUGGGUGUGGCUUCGGCCCCAGCAGAAGACAGAGGAAUGUCCUCACCUGAAUCUUCAACUUCCUGUCCGCCAUCCGAGCAGGACAUCUUCAGGGCAUCUUCUCACUUGACGACAGGCCGCCAUCUUGGGGACAACCAGCAUGAGGAUGAUGGGCGGGCCAAAGCAGGGAGCCACGCACCGGCCCACAAAGCGCCAAGGCUUCCAGUGUUUGCCAAAAAUGUCUCCAUGGGCGUAAACGGAGAAAGACUCGUCAUCUGGACCAGGGAAGCGGACCGCGCCAUCUUGACCGCCUGUCAGCAGCGAGGAGCCAACCAGAAAACAUUCAGACAAGUCUCCGCCCAGCUGGGAAACAAGACGACUGACCAGGUGCGUCUUCGUUUCCACGACCUUGCUCAUCUUUUCCACCUGGCCACCCAGAAAGACAAAUCCUGGUCCUCAGACGGCAGCUCGGCCCCGGAACAAAGCAAUGACCUGUGACCUUGAGAUGUCAUUGAAGACUCAAAUUCACAUUGAAUGAUGUUCAACAUGUUUUCAUGUUUGUCCUGAAAAUAAAGACCACGCCCACCCUUCAAUUUGGGAAGUGGGC